GGUCUAGAAGACUAAAAGUUGUAAAAGUAGUAAAAGUUAUCAUAAAGAUCAUGAACACACAUGACAUGUGUUCAUGUGUGUGACAUUCAUUUCAUGAUCAUGAUGAUUCACUUGACUCGUCUUGACUUUCACUUUGACAAAAGACAAGUCUGAAGUGGUGACAACAGACACUGAGAUAAAUGGGAUCUUACUGUCAUAGACGAUAUGUAUCAAGGCUUUUUCAAAAUUUUGUCAAGAUUCAGCCUAAAGCUAAAUCAGAUAAUGACCUAGGCCUGUCCUGUAAUAGUCACAAGUUGAUGCUGUACAAUGAUAUUGUAGCACAAAGCCAUGCUGGAGGCUUUCAUUUGUUACCUUUAGGCGUACGGGCUUUUGAAAAGUUGGUAAAACUUGUAGAUGAGGAAAUGCAGGCCAUUGGUGGACAAAAAAUUUCAAUGACAACUCUGUGUCCUGAGUCAUUAUGGAGACAAUCUGGUAGAUUAGCUGCUGCUGGAGCAGAGCUGUUCACAAUACAAGAUCGACAUAAAAAUAAUUAUUGUCUUAGUCCUACUCAUGAAGAACUAGUUACUAAACUAGUAGCAUCCAUGCCACAAAUAUCUUAUAAAUACUUGCCAAUCAGGCUCUAUCAGAUAACCAGGAAGUUUAGAGAUGAAAUGGCUCCAAGAUAUGGUCUGUUACGAGGAAGAGAAUUUGAAAUGAAAGACAUGUAUACAUUUGAUGCCAGUGAAGAAAAAGCUCUUGAAACAUACAACUUAGUUUGUCAGGCUUAUAAUAACAUUUUUGACAUGAUUGGAGUUAGAUAUGUCAAAGUGUCUGGUGCUACUGGUAUUAUAGGUGGGAAUUUAUCUCAUGAAUAUCACUAUUUGUCAGAUGUAGGUCAGGAUUCUAUUUUAUUGUGUGAUAGAUGUAAUGUACAUAUGAAUAAAGAACUAGCAGCAGAAAAUGGAAACUUACCUUCUAAAUGUCAGUUACCAGCUACUCAAUGUGAACUAUUAGAGAGAAAUGGUAUUGAGGUUGGGCAUACUUUCUAUUUAGGCACAAAAUACUCAUCUGUCUUUAAAGCCACAUAUCAAAAUCAAGAAAAAAUUAUGAAAGAAUACAGUAUGGGAUGUUUUGGAUUAGGUAUGACACGUAUCCUCCAAGCCUCGGUGGAGAUAUUAUCAACAGAAACAAGCAUUCGAUGGCCACACCUUAUUGCUCCACAUCAGUUGUACAUUAUUCCUAAAAAGGAUGGUACAAGGGCAGAUGAAUACCUUGCCAGAGCUGAAGAAAUUAGUGAUGCUUUCACACAACAGUCUCAUCUGCAAGGUGAAGUAAUUAUUGAUGAUCGAAUGUCUAUGACCAUUGGCCGUCGUCAAGUUGAUGCUGAUAGAUUGGGAUACCCAUAUAUAGUUGUUGUGGGGGUUAAGGCUCUUGAAAAUCCAGCUCUCUAUGAAGUAAUUGAUACAAACAAAGGGGAGACAAGUUUUAUGAGUUAUGAACAGUUGAUGUCCUUGGCAGAUAAAAUAAAAACCAUAUGAUAUAUUUAUUCUACACACACACCGUGACAUUUCUAAUCAUUAUCAUAAAUACAUUAUUGUAAAUAUAAACCUAUGUACAAAACAAUUUGGUUUGUAAUGUUUUUAUAUUCAAAUAAAAAGUCCUAGUUAUAUUUUGUUUUGU